CCACGACCUUCUGCAAUUCAUUCGGACCCCAACGAUAGGUGCGGCGUAAGUUCACCCUCCCAAGCUUGCGCUUCAAGGCAACGUGGACAGUAAAGAUGUUUCCGUCGCCCCACCACUCGCUUGGGUGCAUUCACCAUCUCAUCCGUGAUUACCCCAUUCCGACUGGGCUCUUAGCUGCGUUGGGGGGCCUGACCCUAGCUAGGUUUGCGUUCACUGCGACGUGCGUUUUCCUCCAAACCUUCGUACUUCCAGGCAUCAAUCUGGCUAGGUUUGGUGCAAGGAAGGGAGCCUGGGCAGUCGUGACGGGUGCAACGGAUGGGAUUGGUCGUGAAUUCGCUUCGCAGCUUGCGAAGGCUGGCUUCAAUGUGUUAAUAAUUUCCCGGAAUGAGGAGAAGCUUAGUGUUGUCGCGUCAGAGAUUGCCGGCAAGUAUAACAUCCAGACAAAGACACACGCCAUUGAUUUUGCAAAGCCCACGGAGAAGUCGUGGGAGGUUCUUGGGUCAAUUAUCUCUGGAAUCGAAGUCGGAGUCCUCGUCAAUAACGUCGGCCGCUCGCAUGACAUCCCUGUGUACUUCACUGAGACGCCACAGGACGAAAUUGAUAGCAUCCUUACUAUUAACAUCAAUUCGACGCUCAGAGUAACGCAGAUCGUUUUGCCAUCCCUGCUUGCUAGGAAAAAAGGUUUGAUCUUGAACAUCGGUUCCUUUGCUGGAGCCGUGCCAUCCCCAAUGCUUGCUACAUACUCCGGUUCCAAAGCUUUUCUUAGCACCUGGUCGCAAGCGCUGGCCGAGGAGCUCAAGUCUAGGGGUAUUACAGUUCAGCUCAUCAACACGUUCUUCGUGGUUUCCGCUAUGUCAAAAAUUCGCAAGCCCACACUAUCGACGCCUCUGCCCAAUGCCUACGUUCGCUCGGUCCUCUCCCACAUUGGCUCGCCGUGCGGAGCCUUGGGACGACCAUACAUAGCUACACCUUACUGGGCUCACUCGCUCAUUGAUUGGGUGCUUGGGCAAAUUGGCCUGGCUGGCUUGUAUAUUAGCUAUACUCACAGUUUGCAGAAGAGCAUCCGUGCUCGUGCUUUGAGGAGGCGCGCAAGAGAGGCGGAGAGUACAAAACAGGCAGAAUAACAGAAAAGACCGCUAUAUUAUUUCUCUACCCUACAUUUACUACAAGCUGGUGCUGGGGUUUGAUGUUUUGUGGGUUUCCGCACAAUCGGCAGCGGAAUUCCCGCUACCACGAAUCAAUACGAGGUCUUCUGAUCGUAUCCGUG